AUGUGGCCCUCCAGGAAUGUCCCAAGAAAGGUGAAGCUGGUCCUCCCCGUCCUCCGCACGACUGGUCUCAGGCUGUCUGCAAUGAGGAAGGUCAUCUGGCUCGCGAAUGUCCCAAGAAAGGUGAAGCUGGUCCCCGUCCUCCGCACGACUGGUCUCGGGUUGUCUGCAGCAUUUGCAAUGAGAAGGGUCACGGUCGUGCGCUGUCCACAAGGCCAAGCAGGAGGCAUGGCCGGACAGGCUGAUGCAGGGAAUGCGAAUGGCGCAAAUGAUGUGGGAGCUGGUUGGGACAACAGCCCAACUUCCAACUCUACGCCUUCCGGCUGA